AUGGCUGAUAAUAACAAAUUCGGCGUCAUAGGUUACGCGUUAGCACCCAAGAAACAGAACAGUUUCAUCCGCGAAUCACUCUUAACGCUUGCAAAAUCACGCGGUAUUCAACUCGUCCGAGUCGACUCAAACCGUUCUUUAGCAGAUCAAGGUCCGUUCGAUUGUAUUCUCCACAAACUCUACGGCGACGAUUGGAAACGCCAGCUUCAAGAAUUCCAAACAAGAAAUCCAAAUGCUGUUAUUCUCGACGCACCUGAAGCGAUCGAACGUCUUCACAACAGAAUUUCAAUGCUUCAGGUUGUUUCUGAACUUAGGGUUGAUGACCGAACCGAAACGUUCGGGAUCCCCAAGCAGAUUGUCAUUUAUGAUAAAGAAACUCUUUCUGAUAGUCAGGCUUGGGAGAGUUUGAAGUUUCCGGUGAUUGCGAAACCGCUUGUCGCUGAUGGUAGCGCGAAAUCGCAUAAAAUGGCGUUGGUUUUUAGUCAUAAUGCUUUGAAUAAGCUGAAACCACCGAUUGUUUUGCAAGAGUUUGUUAACCAUGGUGGUGUGAUUUUCAAAGUGUAUGUUGUUGGUGAGCAUGUUCGUUGCGUGAAGAGGAAGUCUUUACCUGAUGUUUCGGAGGAAAAGGUGUUAGGGGUUUCGGAGGAUUUGUUGUCGUUUUCGCAGGUUUCGAAUUUGGCUAAUCGGGAUAGUGUGGAUGAUGAUGAGAAGUUUUAUCAGAUGAUGAAUUUGGAUGAUACUACUGAGAUGCCGCCUCAACCUUUUAUUGUUGAUAUUGCUAGUGGAUUGAGGCGUGCUAUGAAGCUGAAUCUAUUCAAUUUCGAUGUGAUUCGUGAUGCUAGAUAUGGAAAUCGGUAUCUUAUUAUUGAUAUCAAUUACUUUCCUGGGUAUGCUAAAAUGCCGGGUUAUGAAAGCGUUUUGACCCAAUUUUUCGUUGAUUUAAUGCACAAGAAAGAAUUAGAAGUUCAAGAGGGUAAUGUGGCAAAGAUUGAUGGUAGUGAUGAGGUUUUAACUGAAGAAAAAGACGAAGAUGUUAAGGUUUAGAAAUGAUUGUGUUGAAUGAACCAUUCUGUUUGUUGGUGGCUUUUGGGUAACCCUUUAAGCUGAAUUGAUGAUGAUGGGUAAAGAAGGGACCUGAGUUGAAGAAUUUCUGAUUAGGUGUAGAAGUUGGGUGGGUACAGUGGUGAAAAAAACGAGUUUUAGGGUUGUUUGUGGGUUAGUUUUUUUAACUUCUUUAACAACAUGUAUAUUCUAUCCACCAUUGCUUUGGAGAUAGGUACCUUUUUCAAACACCCUCAAGGUUUAGGAAAGUUGUAUUUUGAGGCUAAGAUCAGUAUGCUAGAAACUGUUUUUGCUUUGUGCUUUUGCUUUUUAACUCAAUGCCUUUAUUCUCCAUUUUGUUAAAUUCUAUUCUUAUUUUAGA